GCUCCUCACCACGGUGUGCGUGACCGCCAUUUGUAGCAUGCUGGGCGCGACCUUCCACGGCAGAGGGGACGGCACCCGACCGUCGCGCUUCCUAGACGACGACGCCUGGGGAGUCGACGACGACAGCAUCAACGUAAGCGUUAGCAGCGCCGCGGGGGGCACGGGCGGGCGAGCUUCGCCGCCGGAGAUGGGACCAGAGCAUACCAAUGGCAAUGGUAGUGACAUCAGGAUAACGCCGCCGUUCAAGAUGGAGGAAGGCGGCGGAGACGGGGGGAAGCGGGUUAACGGGGGGGGAAUGGCCGGGGGAGAGGAGCGGCGGGAUUCGAUGGGGGACGAAUCGAUCGUAUCGGGGGUUCCUAGCACUAUCUCGCACCGACUGGCGGCACAGUCGUCGUCGCUCCAGCACCGAUAUUUCGGACCAGGGCCUAAGGUGUUUCCGGACACGAUUUUCUUCAUCCUGGUGGUAAGCCAAUGGUUUCUCGCGGGCUGGAGCGUCGUAGGGGCGGCGCUGUACUUCCGUCUCUUCACUGGCAAUCGAAUGUGUUCACCCUUGCUGCGGCACUGGACGCUGCUGGUGGUGAUCAUCGGGUUCCUGUCGUGUCUCCUGGCCGUUUGCUACUCUGGGAUCAUGUGCUGCAUGUUGGGGGCACCCUUCAGCCGAAGCCGAGGCAGAAACGGCAGCGGCGAGAGAGAUCAGUUCCACGCAGACCUGCCCUCGAGCAGCGACAGUACCAGCACCGGCAAUGAGCCGGGUAUGAUGUGACACGCGUCGUACCAACGCGCGCGGAGAGUGGGAUCGAUAGUUGCUUGGGGGUGUGCGACCGAGUGGUAUCGAAACUUGUGUGUGAACUAUUUAGCAGUUGGAGAAGGAAAUGCCGGUGAGCGGAGACUCGCACGGCAUGGUGGGCGUGCCACGCCGCCUGGGGGCGUGGGGCAGACAAGGACGGAGCCGGAGAUUAGAACGGGGUCAAUUAUUUUGUUUGAUCAAGGCGUCGGACUGUGGUUGAGUUGGUGUUUUCCUCGUCGUGCCGUACGUCUCGCUUGUCAAGCCUAGGGGCAACGAAAAAGCGAAAUGGAGAGCCGUGUGGUGGCGGCAGCUUCUGGGCUGCGGCACGUGAGGGGAUUCGAAGAAGAAAACUAGUGGUAGUGCGUUGCAGGUAAAGGGUGGUGGUGUGACUGACAGGCCAGGAUCCUUCGAUUAGUUCUUUUGUGUGGCAGUCGGCAGGGGUGAGCGCGGGGGGGGGGUACACAGUGCGGUCAUUUGCCGGGGGCAUGCGUAUGUAUGCCUCGAAACGCGCAGCCGAGCCCGCCCGCAGAGAUGUAGUAAUAUCGACAGCCCACUUGUACAGCGUUGUUUGGGGCUGGGUGGGAGUGGCUGCGAUCGACUUGUUAGGCCAGAAGCGCCUUCGAGUUUAAACCGCAGGUGUAUCGUAACGUUCGCCAUCAUCGCGACGAGGUCGAACAGUGUUUGGAGCGCGCCCGUAGAUGUGUGAUGUAUCAUACCAUGUGUUUUGUGACUCCGGCUGCGUAUGCGCCGAGAAUUAGUUGUGGUUCCAGGCAGUGCCUGUUGUUGUGGUGUGCUCCAUUUUCUGACAUUUGAUUGCUUUGGUUUGUUUUUUGUGGAUUUUCAGAUUAGUUUGCAGCAACACGGCACGAUAGCCUGGAAGCGUUGGAACAUAGAGAGGCUUCACCUUCGGUCAAAUAUACUACAUUACAUGGCACAACGUCCUCUCAGCGGGAUCCGUAGCGGCGGGGCGUACACUUAUGUUUUGGAUGUCUAAGCGGUUAGACCAUUGACCACGCGUCCUCGAGAGGACGGAGCAUUGUUCCCACAGGACCGAUCACCGAUGGCCAAUCGUUCCUUCCUACAUUGAUUGCCAAAGGUGGCUCAAAAAUGUCUCACCUAGCCUAUCCUUCCUAUCGAUAUCACUUCCCGCUGCCUAUGCCCCACUACAGCUACCGUCUUCUCCUGUCUAUUCCAUGCCUCAAACAUCUCCCUGCAUUUUCCUUAUACUUUUCCCAGCUCAGUCACGUGCACUUCCCCCUCCUCUUGUUGUACAACGAAUACUCCGCAACGACAUGAACACGGUCUUCGCACUCGGAGCCGCAUUGACAUUUUAACUUAUCGUCUUCAUCGUCUAAUGUACCUUCUUAAAUCUUCGUCUACGUUCUCGAAGGCCGUAGUCCCCGGUCCUGAAUUUGACCUUCAGCUUUCUCACUGCAUCCAUUGUUCCCCGCAGGAAUUCAUUCCUUGAAUCCUAUUAACCCUUUUGGGACUACACGCCUCCUGAGUGUCGGUCAGAGUGCUGCUCCUCUUCCUGUCGCACAAUUUGUUUUUGAAAUCUGCACUGAAAAUGAGGGCUCGAAAGGGCGAAUAGCUCGCGCGAAACGGUGGCCGCCCGCGAGCCGGGGACACCAGAGAGCUGAAUCCCUCCGCAGAAAAAACACGGGGAGGGAGUUCCACUCUCGCAGACUACCUCUUUCAGCUGCUGUAGCAGCAGACCAGCUCCAGCAGACCUCAGCCAGCAGGUGUGGGAUGAACCUUUUUU